GGGGCUGCUGCACUCAGCAAAGUGAAACUAGCUGAGCUGCUCCCCUCUGCACAGGAGCCAUGGCUGGGGUGGACCUGGCAGGGAGCAUCCGGGAGGAGCUGACCUGCUCCCUGUGUCUGGACUAUUUUACGGAUCCGGUGACUCUUGACUGCGGGCACAACUUGUGCUGCGCCUGCAUCAGCCAGUGCUGGGGGGAGUCGGAGCCAAACUUCUGCUGCCCCCAGUGCAGGGACACGGCCCCGCAGAGAAACCUGCAGCCCAGCAGGCAGCUGGGCAACGUGGUGCAGCUGGAGAAGCGGCGGAGGCUGCAGGCAGAGAACCAGCCCGAGGGGCAGCGCAUGUGCAAGAGGCACCAUGAGGCCCUGAAGCUCUUCUGCGAGGAGGACGAAGUCCCCAUCUGUGUGGUGUGUGAUAGAUCCCGGGCCCACAGAAAUCACACGGUGGUUCCCGUUAAGGAGGCUGCCCAGGACUACAGGGAGCAAAUCCGGAGCCGCCUGGAGCGCCUGAGGGAGCAGAGAGAGGAGCUGCAGGGCCUGAAGCGCGCCUGGGAGCAGGAGAGUGAAAGGCUUCUGAGGCAGACGGAGCUGGAGAGGCAGCUGGUGGUGUCUGAGUGCAAUGGGCUGCGCCAGCUCCUGGAUGACCGCGAGCGUGUCCUCCUGGCCCGGCUGCGGGAGCUGGAUGCAGAGAUUGUCAGCAGGGGGCAGGAAAAUGCCGCCUGCCUGCGUGAUGAGACUGCCCGCCUGAGCGCCCUGAUCACGGAGCUGGAGGGGAAGUGCCAGCUUUCGGUGCCUAAGCUCCUGCAGGAUGUCAGAAGCACUGUGAGCAGGGCAGAGGAGGGGACACCUCUGCAUGCAGCCCCCAAGUUUCCUGAGCUAGAGAAGACAAUCUGGGAUUUCCCUGGAGAGAACAAGCUGCAGGAGGCUCUGAUGGGAUUCCUGGAGGGGCUGCUUGCUGAGAGAGAAUUCAGAAGAGCCCGAGGACACGCAGUGGACAUGACCUUGGACCCAGACACGGCAAAUCCCUACCUCAUCUUGUCUGAGGAUCGGAAACGUGUGAAGGACGGUGACAUACAACAGGAUCUACCCGACAACCCUGAGAGAUUUGAUACUUGUGCCUGUCUCCUGGGCUGUGAGGGGUUCACGGGCGGGAGGCACUACUGGGAGGUGGAGGUGGGAGACAAGACGGCCUGGGCUCUGGGCGUGUGCAGGGAGUCUGUGCGCAGGAAGGGGGAGGUCAUACUGGCACCUGAGGAUGGAUACUGGACCAUGUGGUUGCAGGAUGGGGAAUACGGGGCCCUCACCUCUCCCUUGACUCCUGUCCCCAUUUGCGUGCAGCCCACGCGGGUGGGGGUUUUCCUGGACUACGAGGCAGGCAAGGUCUCAUUUUACAACGUGACUGACAGAUUCCACCUCUUCACUUUUACUGAUGACUUCUCCGGGACCCUGCGCCCAUAUUUCUAUACUGGUGUCAAUGAGGAAGGCACCAACGCAGCUCCCCUGAUCUUGUGCCCGGUCCCAGCCGAGCCCUGAGGGUAUUCCUGUCACUGCAAUGACACAUGCCGCAGUGACUGUCCCCUCCCAGCCUUGCAUGACUGCCAGCCCCUC